GAAUCUGAGUCCAAACGCUACAGUCUCUGUUCACGUUGAAAAGGAGAACCUAUUUCUCCUUCCCCUGUUAAAAAGACUGGUGUUUCUCUUUCUCUUCACCGGUCGUGUUCAUCUUCUUUCUCAAAAACCCAUUCUCGAUUCUCCGAUUCCCAUCUCGGAUCUCAAUUUCCAAUCUACCGAAAGAGGGUAAUCAUACAUUCAGUAUUGGAUGCAUGUUCAAUCGAUGCAACUGAAACUCGAAACCCAAAGAAAGAGUUAUUGAAGAAGAUCAAAAAGUGGAAGGCUGAAAGGUUGGAGUUUGCAAAACCCAACAUUGUUAUGAAGUGAGCUUUGGCAAUUGAUUUUCUCAUAUGAACAUUGAAGACAGUUAGUUUUGAAACAAAAAGAAAAUGUCUCAUUCAAUGGAUCAUAGUUUAGUUGAGGAACAGUAUGUGCCAGCUGGGCGAUUGACGGGCAUUAGUUUAAGUGUCUUAACCGAUAGUGAUGCAGAGAUGAUAUCUGCAUUGUCGGUUGAAGUAGCUGGUGAGGUAACAGAUGCUAAGUUGGGAUUACCGAAUCCAACUUCUCAAUGCUCGACUUGUGGUGCCAAUAGCUUGAAAAACUGCGAAGGUCAUUUUGGUGUGAUCAAAUUCCCAUUCGCCAUUCUGCAUCCUUAUUUGUUAUCUGAAACUGUUCGCGUAUUGAAUAGGAUUUGCCCGAGUUGCAAAGUCCUCAGGUCUAAUCAGGGUGCAGGUUCAAGACCUAGAAGUUACUGUCGAUAUUGUGAUGCGCGUUUCAGAAAUUGUUAUCCAAAAUUGAAGUUUAAAGUUUCUUCAACUGAUUUAUUUGGAAAGACUGCCAUUAUUGCUGAAGUCCAGGAAACAAAAACGAGGCUGUCUAGAACUAAUCCUUCGGAAGGUUUGGCUACGGAUUUUUGGGAUUUCGUUCCAAAAGAUUCACAACAAGAUCAAGCUUCUCUGAAACCGAACAUAAGAGUUCUAUCACAUUUUCAGGUUUACCAUAUCUUGAAAGACAUAAAUCAAGAUUUUCUUAAAGAGUUUGUUACAAAAAGAAGUUCAUUAUUUCUCAAUUCUUUCCUGGUGCCUCCAAACUGUCAUCGAGUAUCGGAAAUGGGGGAAAAUGUUGCUUUCGAUGAUCGCACGAGGCAUUUCAAAAAGUUGGUUGAUUUUCGAGGGACAGGAAAUGAGCUUAGUUCGGGGGUUCUUGAAUGUCUUAAAGCUUCAAAAAUAUGUGCGGAGAAGUUUGAUUCUACUUCAGGCAGACCCGGAAGAGAUCAAUCUUUGAAUAUGUCUGGAUCAAAACAUAUGAAAGAUAUUUUGCUCAGUAAAAGAAGUGAUCACGCUUUUAGAAUGGUUGUAGUUGGCGAUCCAAAUAUAAAACUAAGCGAAAUUGGAAUUCCUCGUCAUAUUGCAGAUAGUUUGCAUGUUUCAGAAAGUUUGACUGCAUGGAAUUGGGAGAAUCUAAGCACUUAUUGUAACUUGAGGAUUAUAGAAAAGGGAGAAAGCCAUAUUCGUAGGAAAGGUGACAUUAUGCAAAUAAGGAUUAUGGAUAAAUUGGAGAUGGGUGAUGUUAUAUAUAGGCCGAUGAACGAUGGAGAUAUUCUUCUAAUCGAUAGGCCUCCUUCAAUUCAUCAGCAUUCGUUGAUCGCUCUGUCGGCUAAAAUCCUCCCCACGAACUCGGCGCUUUCGAUAAAUCCUCUAAUAUGUUCUCCUUUUCGUGGUGAUUUCGAUGGAGAUUGUCUUCAUGGUUACGUCCCUCAAUCGUUGAACACUCGUGUCGAGCUUCUAGAGCUCGUUGCUUUAGACAAGCAACUGAUCAAUGGGCAAACCGGUAAAAAUCUCCUCUCGCUUAGUCAAGAUAGUUUAACCGCAGCUUAUUUAAUCGUUCAAGAUGGCGUGUUGUUCAACCGUUUUCAAAUGCAGCAACUCCAGAUGUUCUGUUUGCGAUCGCAACCAUCGCAAUCGCAUAACGAUGGUUUAUGGACGGGUAAACAGCUCUUUAGCCUGCUGUUUCCCGAAGAUUUCAAUUACGUUUGUCCUGAUGAAAAAUUCAGAAUUCAAAAUGGUGAUAUUAUAUCGUCAUCAGAUGGAUCUCCUUGGCUAAAGGACUCUGAUGGCAACGUUUUUCAAUCUCUUAUCAAGAAUUGUGGACCGAAAACGCUUGAAUUCCUGUUUUCAGCUCAGGAGGUUCUAUGCCAAUGGCUAUUGAUGAGAGGCUUGAGUGUUUCCUUAUCAGACUUAUAUCUUUCUCAUGACUCUCGGGAAAAUAUGAUCGAGGAAAUCCUCUUCGGUUUGAAAGAAGCCGAGCUAUCAGCACAUCUUCAACUGCUUAUGCUGGAUUCGAAUCGGGAUUUCCUGAUCAGUAGCGACGAAAUCGAAAACCACCCUGAUAUGGAUACGGAGAGAAUGUGUUAUCUGAAGCAGAAAUCCGCGGCUCUCAGUCAGCUGGCAGUUUCCGCAAUUAAAAGAGUGUCAUCUGAUAUCCAAAGCCUCGUUUAUAGCUAUGCAAGCAAGGAUAAUUCGUUCAUGGCCAUGUUAAAAGCGGGAAGUAAAGGAAAUGUGAUGAAACUAGUUCAGCAUAGUAUGUGCCUCGGUUUGCAGAAUUCGCUCGUGCCAUUAUCUUUCAGGGUUCCACACGAGCUUACGUGCGAAGCAUGGAAUCGUUCGAAAAACGAAUCGAUGUUUUCCAAUGGCAAUAAUUCGUCUUACAUUCCUUUUGCGGUUGUUAAGAGUUCGUUCCUUACUGGCUUGAAUCCUCUUGAAGCUUUCGUUCAUUCAUUGACUGCCCGCGAUAGUUCGUUUAGCGAUAAUGCUGAUCUUCCUGGGACUUUAUCAAGAAGGCUGAUGUAUUUCAUGCGGGAUUUAUGCAUUGGAUAUGAUAGAACUGUUAGGAAUACUUACGGGAAUCAUUUAAUUCAGUUUUCUUAUAACUCGGAAGCUGAUUCGGAAGGUGGCCACCCUGUUGGUUCUUUGGCUGCAUGUGCAAUUUCGGAAGCUGCUUAUAGUGCUUUGGAUCAGCCGGUUAGCAUUGUCGAAACGUCCCCUCUUUUAAAUCUUAAGAAAGUCCUGGAGUGCGGUGUAAAGAAGAGAACCGGGGCUAAAACUGCAACUUUGUUCUUCUCGAAGAUCGUAAAGACCAGUAGACAUGGUUCAGAAUACGCGGCUGUUGAUGUUCAGAGUUAUCUCGAGAGGGUGAUUUUAUCUGAUGUGGUUUAUACAACCAUGAUAUGCUUCCAUCCCAAAUCUAGUGGCGGCAACAAAAAUGAUGGUUCAUGGGUUUGUCAUUUCCAUAUAUCGAAGGAGGUGGUGAAGAGGAGAAAACUUAAUAUCCUUUAUGUAAUUCGUGCUCUUCGUUCUGGUUAUAGAUCGAUUAGAGCCAAGUCGAAAGUGAAUCUUCCAAUGGUUUAUAUAAAUAAAGAAGAUUUAUGUUCUGUUGACAACAAACAGACGAGAAAACCCGAUACAAUGUUUUGUAUAACAGCUAGAACGGAUGAACUAUCCCCGAAUUCGAAGGAGCACAUAGAGAUUUUUAAACGAAUCGUAAUGCGUCCCCUUCUUCAGACUGUUAUAAAAGGAUUUCCAGCCAUUAAAAAAGUAGAGAUCCUAUGGAAAGAUGAUCCCAAUAUAAAAAAAUCUCGUCAAACUUCAUCGGGUGAACUAUAUUUGAAGGUUUCUAUGUCCCAAAAUUGUGAUAGGACGAAAUUCUGGAAUGUUCUUGUGGAUAAUUGUCUCCAAAUAAUGGAUGCCAUCGAUUGGGAUCGGAGUCAUCCAGAUGACAUUAACGAUAUCGCUUUGGCCUUUGGAAUAGAUGUCGCGUGGAAAUAUUUCUUAAUCAAUUUGAAGUCGGCUAUAUCUGAUACUGGCAAGGCAAUACUCCCGAGACAUUUACUUCUCGCAGCUGAUUGUUUAUCAUCCACAGGAGAAUUUGUCAGCUUAAACGCUAAAGGAUUAACAGAUCAAAGAAGAGAUAUGUCGGUUUCCUCCCCAUUCACUCUGGCAUGCUUUUCGAAUCCAGCUAAUACCCUUAUUAAAGCUGCAAAGAAAGGAGUCGACGAUAAGCUUGAAGGGAGUAUCGAUGCAUUAUCAUGGGGGAAAACUCCUUGUUUAGGAACUGGCGGACCAUUUGACAUUAUAUAUUCCGGGAUGGUUCACGAAGUUUCGAAGCCUACAGGUAUCUAUAAGUUGCUCAGUGCACAAAACACGACCUCUGAACAAGUCAAGUUACCUCAGGAGAAAACAGAGAGUCGAUUCGGUCAGUCGUUACUCAAAAUAUUACCUCGAGAAUUGGCUGUUAAAGGCCCUAAAAGUUUAGAUUUGAAGAAGUUUAUAUCACUCAAAGAUAUACAGAAGCUAUCAAAAGAAUUGAGAACUAUAUUGCAUCACUCUCCCAUAAAUCACGCAUUGAGUGAUGUCGAUAAAGAUGUUGUAAUGAUGGCUUUAUUUUUCCAUCCGAAAAGGGAAGAAAAAAUUGGAAUAGGUGAAAAGGAAAUUAAGGUUGGUUACCAUUCGGGACAUGAGGCGAGCAGAUGCUUCUUACUAGUAAGAAUGGACGAUACGGUUGAAGAUUUCUCCUACCACAAGUGUAUUAAACAUGCCUUGGAAAUCGUCGCACCCGAAAGAGCAAAAACUUACGAAAAUGGAUUUAAAGCUGCAGGGGAGCAGACAAAAAACACUCCAACAAGAACAUGACAAUAAUAUAAGGUUGAGGUUGAUGUUGCUAAUUGUUGUUAGAAAAAGGAAACUGAAUGUUCUAUUUAUUUUUGGGUAAAUUAAUUAAUAGAUAAAUUAUUAAAGGUUUGUUUUUGCCAAUUCUUUAGCUUCUUUUUGCUGCUUCCACUCAAUCUUGUUUCCCUUAUAAUAGGCAAACGAGAUUUAGUGGAAGUAGCAACGAGAAGCUUGGAAAGGGCAUAGCCCUUUUCGUUUUCACGUAUGUUAACUUCUAUUUUUAAGAAAACCGAUAUUUGUAAGUGUCUUUAAUUCGAAAAACAUAUAUGCAACUCUAAAGUAGGAAAACCCAUAUUUGUUAAC